AUGUUUAGCGAUCUACCCGCGGAAAUACAUUAUCUAAUUGCGCGCUAUCUCAAGAGCAAAGAUCUUUAUCCCCUGGUAUGCUCAUCACGUCGACUGCACGCCGUAUUCAAACGAAGCCUUUACACCGAUGUGACUCUGAACGGACGGCAGGCUAAGGACCGAGCAGUCAACAUCUUCCUAUACGCCGUGACCCGAACCCCGAGGCUGGCUAGCUUUGUUCGGUCCCUGAUGGUGAAGGGCUGGGAUCCCAGAAGCUCCAAUAGAAAGAAUCAGCACAGAGUUGAAUUUGACAGCAAUCUUGUACGCAAACUAGUCUGUGAGAGGACGGGAUAUUCCGACGAAGAGAGAUCUAAUUGGUUGAAAGAUCUCGAACGGGACAACGAAGAUGCAUGGCUGGCUCUGCUUAUUCUGCAGUUGAGGGGAUUGCGGAAACUCGGGCUCAUCUGGCCGUACGGCUCAUACUAUGUUUUGGUUAUGUUGCAAAAAGCUGCUAUUGGUUCGGAACCGAUAUUUCCUCAUCUCGAGGAAGCGUAUGUAGCUUAUGCGGAUACAGAGGGCUCCUUCUCAUCACAUUACAUGGACGCAUUCUUUAAAAUCCCGUCAAUGCGCAAAGUUAGCUGCUUUAUGUUGGGCGAGAAUGAGGAUGGCGAUGAUGAAGAGUAUAUGCCUGGAUCAGAUGACCCAAGAUUUCCGAUGCAAGAAAUCAUCUCGCCACGCUGCUCGAAUAUAACCGACAUCGACCUCGAAGAAAGCAAUGCUGCGGAGGGGAUGCGGGAAUUGGUUCAGGCCUGCAGAGCACUGAAAUCAUUCCGUAUUACCCAUGGUGGAGGACAAGUCUCCUAUGAUAUCUAUCAGCCGCGGAAAAUUUACGAAUCGCUUUCGCUCCACAAGUCAACGCUGGAGUCUAUUUGGGUCGAGCCUAAUGAUGCUGAAGAUUAUGAUGAUGAAUGGAUGGGAUCUUUUGUUGAUUUUACCGCUUUGAAGGUUAUUUGUGCUUUCUUUUGCAAUCUUGUGGGAAAUGAUGAGGGAUAUGAUGAGAUGCGAAAACUCCGGGAUGUUCUUCCGUUCUCGUUAGAGAUCUUAUAUGUUUCUGUCGAGUACGAUGAAACUUUCAAUAUCGCUAUUGAUCAGUUGGCAGAAUUGACUGCCUCAGAGAGCUUCCCUAAAUUAGCUACGAUACAUCUUGAAUUUCAUGGUCUCAAGAUACCGGAGAAUGUUGCGAGGUUUGAAUGUUUGGAACAAAGGUGUCAAGAGGCUGGUGUUUUGUGUUUUUCUCACAUCUCAAAGUGGACAGAGGAGGAGAAGCAAACGAUGGGAUUAUGGCCCGAUAACGAAGCCUACUUGCUUGGGUAUCGUAAUUGGGAAUGA